AUGGAAAAGAACAUCUGCUAUCGGCAACGAAGGAGAAAAGAAGUCGUCUACGACGAUUGCGUACUCGAGGACUCCUUGUCCCAAGGUGACUGGCAAAUCGAGGAGGACCCAAACGUCGACUACGAGAUGCUGCUCAGAGGAUUACGAGCCUGUUCUGAGCGAAUUGUUGGGAAGAAGAAGGCUUUGAGGCUUCCUCCGAAUGCAUCGCACACUGAGCGGUUAGUAGCAAACACUAGCUGCAAAAAAGCGUUGCAGGAGGGUCUCUUGAAAACCAGGCAGAAGAAGCUUCUGGAAGCAGCACAAAGAAGAGCGAGUCUAAACAAGUGCCGCAGGGAUCUCCGCGAAUAUAAUAUUCCGCUAGCAGCCUUGCUGAGCGAAGACGGGACUCGCACGUCUUCUCGUCGUGAGAUGGAAAUCAUUACGGAGAGGUUCUACUCGAAUUUUUUCUAUUCAUCAACUCCUGUGUCAAGCCCGAUCAUCCCCACUGAUGAAGCUCCACCACGGAUUCUCCCUUCGGAAGUACGAGUCGCUACCAAGAGCAUGAAUCCUGGCACAGCCCCCGGACCCGAUUUUAUAUCAGCAGACUUUCUUCGGGCUGGUGGCCAUCCGCUUCAUGUAAUCUUAUCAGCGCACAUGAGAUCCUACCUUCAGAAAGAAAGGAUCCCAGACCAGUGGAAGACCUCGGGAACCGUUCUUAUCCAUAAGAAAGGUGACCGAGAGGACCUUCGGAACUACCAUCCGAUAUGCUUGCUGAGCGUGUUAUACAAAGUAUUCACCAAGAUCAUUCUCGAGGGUCAUAGAGAUUUGCCGGGAAUACCGCCUACCCCUUGUUCUAACCUUCGUCGACUAUGA